AUGCGAUCAGGGGAGGCCAUCUUCCGCGUGAUUUUGCUCGUUCCCAUUCUGGAGUGGCUGUUGUGCAAUCCCAGCCGAGCUUGGGUGAAGGGGCCCUGUGCCACGCAAGUACGUGUCUCAGACAGGCUUCCGUUGCGAGCGCAAGGAGUGUUCAACGAUGGGGAAGUGUCAGCGUUCAAACAGGAGCAACUUGUUCCUGUGGAAGCAGCAUGGCGAGAACUCCUGACGUACAUCAUCGUGGAAAAUCAGCGCACUGCAAUGAUACGUGCCCCGCCGAGGUCCGGAAAAAGCUUCCUUGGAAUCCUCGGUGCUCGCGAAGUUCCAGCAGGAAUGUGGGGGCCGGUCGAAUUGCGAUACUGCGCCAACUUCAACCCUGGAGUGCUUGACAUACUCAUUCGUAGUGGUAACUUCAAGAGCGUGGCAGAGAUGGCGAAAGACUCUGCUGAAUCUGGCUUGGAUUGCGACAGAGCUACUGUAGUGUACUAUUUUGAUGAGGCACACGAGCUACCGGCGGAGAUCAUCAGCUCCUUCCUCAAAAAUGGUGAAGACAAUGGUUAUGCAAUCUUUGCAACGGCUGGCAGGGCCACGCCAGCGAGGAGCUUCAUUACGCCACCAGAGCUGGUAGCCAAGACCUUAUUCUUUCGGUCCCCAGCACCGAAGGAAGCCAUGAAGGAGUGGCUGGCAGAGCGUUUGCAAAAGCUUGGGCUGGACAGUCACACAGCGACGGCCAGCGCAGACCUUCUUCUCAACAGUGCUGCAGGCAACAUUGGCGUUGUGACGUUCUUUGCAGUGCAGACAGAACAGAAGCUACGAGGCGACAAAAGCCUUCGAUCAAUCCGUGAGAUCCUGUCCAAUCUAGCAUCAGAGUUCACGGACUUGUACAUUCGGAUCUUUGGAGCCGCGAAUGGCAAACCAGACGACACCCAGGCAGAACUAAUCUCGGCGAUGCGAUGCACGGGAUUGUUGAUGAGAACGACUCCUGCGGGUGAGGCUCUUCCAUUGUGGGACCCCAGCAUCCCCUCGCACAGGUAUGGCUUGUCCAAUGCGUAUUACGCGGUUUGUCCACCUGAAGACCAGGAUGAUUGUCUAGCACGGACAUCUGCAGCGGAAGCCAUUUCCUUUGCGCACCCCCUCCAGCCAGAAAUUUAUGCAGACAAGUUCAAGUAUGCGUGGGCUGAUAUUGCUCAUGAGAAGCGAUGGCUGACAAAUUUCAGCCGUGACCAUUCUGAACCAGCAGGCACUCCAAGAAACGUCGUUGACCUGGUUCUAGCAUGGCUCUCCCAUGUACCGACCAAGGCCCUCUUGUCCAUUCAUGGCGGAAACAACGUAGAUGCUCCUGAAUGGAGUCUGCAGGUUUCCCUCUACGAAUUCUGCAGAGACAACCUCAGUCUGCAGAAUGUGCAGCGAGAGGCAUCAUCGAGUGGAGGGAAGCUGGAUGUGUACAUUGACGGCAGCAUGGGUGUUGAGCUGCUCAUCCGACCAAGCAGCAGCAACAAGAUGACCACCCAGUCAGUUUUGGGCAACGCCGCAAUGCAAGAUUCUUUGCUUGAGCAUGCCAGUCGAGGCGAUAAAAGGUACAAGGACUUGGCUGAACAGUGCAAGCUCGGUUACAUCACCCUCCUGGUGACAACCUUGACUCAAAGCACCGCAGACAAAGAGUGGCAGCACUUCCAAACUCUCUCAUCCACAAAAUUAGCAGGUCUCGGCUAUCCUGUAUUGGUUGCCGCUGCCAACUUCGGAUGGGCCAGGUGGGACGUGUUUCUGCAUCGCCCCCGCCACGACCCAAUUCGGCUUUCCAUCCCUCGCCAGCGGCUCAUGCUUAAGCUGGUUGACGACAAACCUGUCAGCGCCAGACGCUACUACCGCAAGCCCCAAGAGGUCUGGGUGCAGGAGCUGCAGGUCAAUGGCGAUGUGCAUACCCUGGUCGGCGAGGUUUUGCUGAUCGAGUCUGCCCCGAAUCUUGUUGCUCAGCUCGCCAGCCGGAUCAAAGCCGUGGAAGAACUUUCCUGCCGUCUGUCAAAGCUAGCGAUCUACCGCCUCGACUGGCAGGGCGAGUGGAAGAAGGAAGCGGCAGACCAGGUUCUGUUCGAGAACACAAGGAACAGUCCGUACGGCUUCCGCCAGUUGCCCUAG